GAUUUGCACGCGGCGCAAAGUUGUGGUUGGAGCUUCCUUCCUCUUGCAAGCGCGCGCGCAGAGGUGGAGCAGCUGCUGUGUGCGCACAGUCAUGAGUCGCGCAGCGGACCUCGACGCGUAAGUCAACAGGUUCGAUGGAUGUAUCACACAGUAGAUGCGCUGCCAAGACCGCAGUCGCACGCUCAUCUCUUCAUCGUCCCCAUGCAGCUCCUAUUCCAACUUUUCACUCACUCGCACCCUCCCAGCACCGGCGCUCAACCAACAUCAAAGCCUGCAAUCCUUUUCCCCCCCGCCUCUCGACACCUCGCCCAUCGUUCUUACAGAUUCAAGCUCCAUCGCAUCAUGUCAUCAUCCGCAAGCGACAACGCGCCCAAAUGUCCUUUGGGCUUCACCGGCACUCCACCCGUGGGUCACCCGGCCAUUCCUGGCCUUUUCGCAAGCAACGAUUCCAAAUCUUCGUCGAGCGGUGCAUCGGAAAAGAAAGGCAAAGACUAGGUGGAGCCCUUCCCUGCUGCUCACCCUCGAUGCCAUCUUUCUCGCCGCUUGCUUCCUCGUCGCCAUCUACUGGCCGCAGCUCAAAGACUCAACCGCAACAUUCAAGCUUGCGGAUCUGUUACCUCGCGUAUCCUUCGACCUCGGACGAACCUGAUCUAGACUCCAGCUUGCUAUGCUCUUCGCUCUGCGUGUCCUGCUCAUCUAUGGCACACGGACGACGUGCUAAUUCGGACCAUGCCCAUAUCAACCAAUGACCCCGAGCUCGCUGGUCGAACAUCCCUCGCGAAGGCUGACUUGUUUUUGAAACGGGAGCGCCCCAACAUGAGACACUGCCAAGGCAAUUACAAGCAAUAGGAGCGCUCUCCUGCGCGCACCUCGUCCUCCCCGAAUCGUGUCAGCAGCUAGGACGCCGCUGUACCUAAUUUCGGU